CGUGACAGGCAGAGGUCUGGAGACUUGCACGCCGCAACCCUGCGUGUUCAGUUCUUCUCCCUCCUUAGGGAGCCUGUGCCCCCUGCUCACCCCUUAUGCCCACAGCCUUUUUUCCGGCUGCUGAAUCUUCGCAAGCUGGGCCUCAGUGACAAUGAGAUCCAGCGGUUGCCGCCUGAAGUCGCCAACUUCAUGCAGCUGGUGGAGUUGGAUGUGUCCCGAAAUGAUAUUCCUGAGAUACCAGAAAGCAUCAAGUUCUGCAAGGCUCUAGAGAUCGCGGACUUCAGCGGAAACCCCUUGUCCAGGCUCCCCGACGGCUUCACGCAGCUGCGCAGCCUGGCUCACCUGGCCCUGAAUGACGUGUCCCUGCAGGCCUUGCCUGGGGACGUGGGCAACUUGGCUAACUUGGUGACCCUGGAGCUCCGGGAGAACCUGCUCAAGUCUCUGCCUGCGUCCCUGUCGUUCCUGGUUAAGCUGGAACAGCUGGAUCUGGGAGGCAAUGACCUGGAGGUGCUGCCUGACACGCUGGGGGCUCUGCCCAACCUGCGGGAGCUGUGGCUGGACCGUAACCAGCUAUCCUCGCUGCCUCCGGAGCUCGGGAACCUGCGGCGUCUGGUGUGCCUGGAUGUUUCGGAGAACCGUCUGGAGGAGCUUCCUGUGGAGCUGGGUGGACUGGCCUUGCUCACAGACUUGCUGCUUUCCCAGAACCUGCUCCAGCGGCUGCCAGAUGGCAUUGGUCAGCUAAAGCAGCUGUCUAUCCUGAAGGUGGACCAGAACCGGCUGUGUGAGGUGACAGAGGCCAUCGGAGACUGUGAAAACCUCUCUGAGCUGAUCCUCACGGAGAACUUGCUCACGGCGCUGCCCCACUCUCUGGGCAGGUUGACCAAGCUUACCAACCUCAACGUGGACCGGAACCACCUGGAAGCCCUGCCCCCUGAGAUUGGGGGCUGUGUGGCGCUCAGCGUCCUCUCCUUAAGGGACAACCGCCUGGCCGUGCUGCCGCCCGAGCUCGCCCACACGGCCGAGCUGCACGUGCUUGACGUGGCUGGAAACCGGCUCCGGAGCCUGCCGUUCGCGCUCACCCACCUCAACCUCAAGGCCCUGUGGCUGGCCGAGAACCAGGCGCAGCCCAUGCUCCGAUUCCAGACCGAGGACGAUGUUCAGACGGGAGAGAAAGUGCUCACCUGCUACCUGCUGCCGCAGCAGCCCCUGCCCAGUCUGGAGGAAGCGGGGCCGCAGCGCAGCCCCGCGGAGGGCCAUGGCGAGGCCCCGCCGGCGCGGGUCAGCGUCAUCCAGUUCCUAGACCCCGACGGGGACGCGGAUGCGGAGGAGGCUGCGGUGAAGCGGGGCUUGCAGCGCCGGGCCACGCCUCACCCCAGUGAGCUCAAAGUGAUGAAGAGGGGCAUCGAGGAGCGCCGGAGCGAGGCCUACACCUGCAGGCCCGACGCGGGGCCUCCCUCGCCUUCCGAGGAGGAGAAGCGGCUGAGCGCAGAGUCCGCCUUGAGCGGAGGCUCUGGCCCGGCCACCAGCACGGCCUCGGAGGGGGAGCCCGAGGGCCCCCUGGAGCCUGUGCCCGAGCUGGGCCAGCAGGAAGCCAUGUCUCCGGGGCAGGAGGAGGACACGGAGGAGGGCUACGAGGAGCCCACAGUACACUUCGCAGAGGACACGCUGCUGCCCAGGGAGGAUGGCGAAAGCGAGGAGGGACACCCCGAGGCCGCCUGGCCCCUGCCAGGCGGGCGGCAGCGUCUCAUCCGGAAGGACACGCCCCACUACAAGAAGCACUUCAAGAUCUCCAGGCUUCCACAGCCCGAGGCCGUGGUGGCCCUGCUGCAGGGGACACAGCCGGUCAGGGAGGGCCCCAUGGGGCCUGGAGGCUGGCACAACGGCCCCCGGGCGCCCUGGGCACCUCAGGCCCAGGAGGAGGAGGAGGAGGAGGAGGAGGACAGGGCUGAGGAGGAGGGCGAGGCCACCACGGAGGAGGAGGACAAGGAAGAGGCCGCGGCUUCUGCCCCCUCUGUCAAGGGGGUGUCGUUUGACCAGGCCAAUAACCUGCUGAUAGAGCCCGCCCGCAUUGAGGAGGAAGAGCUGACACUAACCAUCGUCCGGCAGACUGGGGGCCUGGGCAUCAGCAUCGCGGGGGGCAAGGGCUCAACCCCCUACAAGGGGGAUGACGAGGGUGUUUUCAUCUCUCGGGUGUCUGAGGAAGGCCCCGCAGCCCGCGCUGGAGUUCGUGUAGGGGACAAACUCCUUGAGGUGAACGGUGUGGCCCUGCACGAGGCCGAGCACCACGAGGCGGUGGAGGCGCUGCGGGGGGCCGGCGCGGCCGUGCAGAUGCGGGUGUGGCGGGAACGGAUGGUGGAGCCAGAGAACGCAGUCACCAUCACGCCGCUGCGCCCCGAGGACGACUCCAGCCCUCGGGAGCGGCGGGGAGGGGGUCUGCGCCUGGCCCUGCUCCAGCCCGACACCCCGGCGCCCCUCCGCCAGCGCCACACCGCCUGCCUCGUGCGCAGUGAGAAGGGCCUGGGCUUCAGCAUCGCCGGUGGGAAAGGCUCCACGCCGUACCGGGCAGGCGACGGGGGCAUCUUCAUCUCCCGCAUCGCCGAGGGGGGCGCGGCCCACAGGGCUGGCACACUGCAGGUCGGCGACCGCGUCCUGUCGAUCAACGGAGUGGACGUGACGGACGCCAGGCACGACCACGCCGUCUCCCUGCUGACCGCCGCCUCCCCCACCAUCGCCCUGCUGCUGGAGAGGGAGGCGGAGGGCCCCCUCCCUCCGAGUCCCCCCGCGCCCGCCUCCCCUGCCCUUCCCACUGCCACCUCCGCCGCCGUGAGCGCCGUCGCCCCCGCGGAGCCCAGGCUGUCCCCCAGCCUCCUGGCGGCCACCUUAGAAGGACCGUACCCCGUGGAGGAGGUCCGUGUGCCCAGGGCGGGGGGCCCGCUGGGGCUCAGCAUCGUCGGUGGCUCUGACCACUCCAGCCACCCGUUCGGUAUCCAGGAGCCCGGUGUGUUCAUCUCCAAGGUGCUUCCUCGGGGCCUCGCGGCUCGCUGCGGCCUUCGAGUUGGGGACCGGAUCCUUGCGGUGAACGGGCAGGACAUCCGCGAGGCCACGCACCAGGAGGCCGUCAGUGCCCUGCUCCGGCCCUGCCUGGAGCUGUCCCUGCUGGUUCGGAGGGACCCCCCGCCCCCCGGCAUGCGGGAGCUCUGUAUCCAGAAGGCUCCCGGGGAGAAGCUGGGCAUCAGCAUCCGGGGGGGCGCCAAGGGCCACGCGGGCAACCCCUGCGACCCCACAGACGAGGGCAUCUUUAUCUCCAAGGUGAGCCUCGCCGGAGCGGCCGGGCGCGAUGGGCGUCUGCGCGUGGGGCUGCGUCUGCUGGAGGUGAACCAGCAGAGCCUGCUGGGUCUCACCCACGCCGAGGCCGUGCAGCUGCUGCGCAGCGCAGGCGACUCGCUCACUGUGCUCGUGUGCGACGGCUUCGACACCAACGCCGCUGCGGGCCUGGAGGUGUCCCCAGGGGUCAUUGCCAACCCCUUCGCCGCGGGCAUCGGGCACAGGAACAGCCUGGAAAGCAUCUCCUCCGUUGACCGGGAGCUGAGCCCCGAGGGCUCAGGCAAGGAGGAGCUGCCCGCCCCAGCGCCUCCCUGGGGGCCUGGGCCUACGGAGGCCGCGGCCCCGAGUCUGGAGCCCCUAAAGCUGGACUACCGGUCCCUGGCCGCGGUGCCCGGCGCCGGCAGCACGCACAGGGCGCCACCAGGAACACCUGGAGGAAAGGUGGCAGGCGCUCCCUGCUCCCCAGGCAGCCUGCAGACCAAACCAGGGGUGAUCCAGCCAUUGGCUCAGGCCUGGCCCAGGGGCUCCCUGGCCCCCAGGGACAGAGGUGGCCCCUGCUCUCCGCCCUCCCCGGACGAGCUGCCCGCCAACGUGAAGCAGGCCUACAGGGCCUUUGCCGCCGUGCCCGCUGCACACCCCCCCGAGGACUGCAGCGGUCAGCCCCCCACGCCUGGGCCAGCAGCCUCCCCCGAGCAGCUGUCUUUCCGAGAGCGGCAGAAGUACUUUGAGCUGGAUGUGCGGGCACCCCAGGCCGAGGGCCACCCCAAGCGCGUGUCCCUGGUGGGUGCGGAUGACCUGAGGAAGAUGCAGGAAGAGGAAGCCCGCAAGCUGCAGCAGAAGCGGGCGCAGAUGCUGCAGGAAGAGGCCACCGCGCAGCACAUCGAGGGGCCCAGCCCAGGCCGGGCGGCCCUGGACGAGGAGCUGCCGGAGGACGAGCCGCCCUGGGCAGACCCUGGCCCCCCGAGAGGCCCCAGCCCAGCAUCUCCCCAGCCUCCAAGCGGCGGUGCCCCAGUGCGGACAGCCAAAGCGGAGCGGCGCCAUCAGGAGCGGCUGCGCAUGCAGAGCCCAGAGCUGCGGGCACCCGAGCGGGCCCUGUCACCCGCAGAGCGCCGGGCCCUGGAGGCUGAGAAGCGGGCGCUGUGGAGGGCCGCCAGGAUGAAGUCUCUGGAGCAGGAUGCUCUCCGAGCACAGAUGGUUCUUAGCAAGUCCCAGGAGGGCAGGGCCAAGCGAGGGCCCCUGGAGCGGCUGGCCGAGUCCCCGUCGCCAGCUCCCACCCCGUCCCCUCCUCCCCUGGAAGACCUUGGCAUCCAGACCAGCACCUCCCCCGGACGCCUGUCUCCAGACUUCGUGGAGGAGCUGCGGCCUCUAGAGCCAUCUCCCAGCCCCGGCCCACAGGAGGAGGACAGGGAGGUAGCCCUGGCUCUCCUGGGCAGGCCUUCGCCCGGUGCCGUAAGCCCCGAAGAUGUGACACUGUGCAGCAGCCGCCGGGCCGUGCGGCCAGGGCGCCGCGGCCUGGGCCCCGUGCCCUCCUAGGGGCGGCUGCCUCCCCGGACUUGGGGUGGGGGCCCCCGUCGCCACUCCUGCCCCAAGUCUUUUAACCUGGGUGUUAGCAUUUUAAAGAGAUCCCUCAGGAGCUCCACCUCCGACUAACCCUCCCCCAAGCCAGGACCUCUUGGCAAGACUGUAACUAGUGACGUUUGUACAACCAAAGACUCUAUUUUGUGGUUUAAGGAGAAUAAAGUUAACUACAUUUUA